AUGCAGGGUAAAGGAACAACACAAUCUGUCAAUCCUAAAGCUAAUGCUGCUUCCUCAGGUACAAGCGGAGGCCUUGUAGGUUUGAUUUUACUUACGGUUGGGAAUUGGUGGGUGCUCAAUAUAAUAAAGAGAAAAAAGGAGAUCAAGCCCAAGGAGAAGUACUUCAAACAGAACGGUGGUUUGCUUUUACAACAGCAGUUAACUUCAUCUGAUGGCAGUGUGGAUCGAAACAAACUGUUCAACUCAAAAGAUUUAGAAAAGGCCACCGAUCAUUUUAACGUGAAUCGAGUACUUGGUGAAGGUGGUCAAGGUACUGUUUACAAGAGAAUGUUGACAGAUGGAAGAAUUGUUGCAGUAAAAAAAUCAAAAAUAGUUGAUGAAGUUGGUACGUUUGAGGAGUUUAUCAACGAAGUUGUCAUUCUUUCACAAAUUAAUCAUAGGAAUAUAGUUAAGCUUUUGGGUUGUUGUUUGGAAACUGAGGUCCCUUUACUAGUUUAUGAAUUCAUCCCCAAUGGAACCCUUUUCCAUUGUCUUCAUGAUCAAACUGAAGAGCUUUCACUCACAUGGGAUAUGCGUUUGAGGAUAGCGGGAGAAGUUGCAGAAGCACUUUGUUACUUGCACUCGUCAGCUUCCAUGCCAAUCUGUCAUCGGGAUAUCAAGUCUACCAAUAUACUCUUAGACGAGAAGUAUAGAGCCAAAGUAGCAGAUUUUGGGACUUCGACAUCAAUUGCCGUUGAUCAAACUCGUGUCACCACAAAAGUGCUUGGGACUUUUGGAUAUUUGGAUCCAGAGUAUUUCCGUUCAAGUCAAUUCCCUGACAAAAGUGAUGUCUAUAGUUAUGGAGUAGUUCUUGUUGAACUUUUGACGGGGCAAAAGCCGAUAUCUUCCACAAGGUCAGAAGAAUUCAAAGGUUUAGUAGCAUAUUUCUUUCAUUGUAUGGAGGAGAAUCAUCUUUAUGACAUUGUUGAUGCUCAAGUACUUGAUGCUCAAGUACUAAAGUUAGGCAGGAAAGAGGAGAUCAUGUGUAUGGCUAAUCUCGCGAAAAGGUGCUUAAAUAUGAAUGCAAAGAGAAGGCCUACAAUCAAAGAAGUAGCAACGGAUUUGGAAAGAAUUCCCCCCCCCCCGUCUUCAACAGGUAAUAUUCCGCUGAAUUUUCAAGAGGAUGAGUAUGAAAGAGACGAAGUAUUAGAGGCUUGGGCUGUUGCUUCUACUUCAACAAAGCUACUGACAAAUAAGUCCAUCGAUAGACAUCCAACCACUGUUAACCAAGCGGUCAUUAUGGAAAAAAUAUAA